AAAGAAUAGGUAGGAAAUUGAGUAAGGAGGAGUGGCGAGAGUGAGUGAUUCCAUUUCCAUUCCACCAGAGAAGAGAAGAGAAGAGAAAGGAGGUAGUAGCACCUACCACUACCACUGUCACUAUCUAAUGGGAAGUUUUGGCAAAGCAUUCUACACCGUCGGAUUCUGGAUCCGCGAGACCGGCCAAGCCCUUGAUCGCCUUGGCUCUCGUCUCCAAGGCAACUACUUGUUCCAAGAACAACUGUCUCGGCAUCGACCUCUAAUGAAUUUAUUUGAUAAAGCUCCAAUCAUUCACAAGGAUGCAUUUGUGGCCCCAAGUGCCUCCAUCAUUGGUGAUGUUUAUGUUGGCCAAUCUUCCUCCGUUUGGUAUGGAUGUGUUCUCAGAGAUUUCUUUCCUCUCUUAACUUCAAGUGAAGGUGAUGUUAACAGCAUUAGUAUUGGAUCUGGAACUAAUAUACAAGACAAUUCUCUUGUACAUGUUUCUAAGUCUAAAAUUAGUGGAAAGGUUUUACCAACUAUCAUUGGAGAUAAUGUCACUGUAGGUCACAGUGCUGUGUUACAAGGAUGUACUGUUGAGGAUGAGGCAUUUAUUGGCAUGGGUGCAACCUUGCUUGAUGGUGUAUAUGUUGAGAAACAUGCCAUGGUUGCUGCUGGAGCCCUUGUUAGACAGAAUACCAGGAUCCCCUAUGGAGAGGUUUGGGGAGGUAAUCCAGCAAGGUUUUUGAGGAAGCUCACGGAAGAUGAAAUGACCUUCUUCUCACAAUCUGCCUUAAAUUAUUCCAAUUUGGCUGAGGCUCAUGCUGUUGAAAAUGGGAAAAGACUAGAUGAGACUGAAUUUGUAAAAGUUCUUGGCAAGAAGUUUGCUCGUCCUGACAAGGAAAAUGGUGCAGCGUUAGGUGUGGUUCGGGAAAUGCCCCCGGAGCUUCCUUCCUGAUAAUGUUUUGCUAGAAAAAGUUCCUAAGGCUUAAAUUGUUUUCUUUUUCUGAGUAUCGUUUAUGUGCGAUUUUCUGGAGAAUGGCUGCUUUUGUUUCCAAUAAGUUUGGGGGUUCACACUGUUAUCUCAAAUAUCAAAACAUUCUAGGCAUAUGGCUUUGCUCAUCUCUGCUCAAUUAGAAACUUUACUUUUGUUUCUUGCUAAUGACUAUAGUGGACAAAUUGGUAAUACUUCAGUCAUCCAGGGGCAUAUCUACAAUUCUACAGCACUGUAGUUGGGCAUGUAUUUUAAAAUAAAGAACAUCAAUUCAGAUUCGCUAGUUGAACCUGUAUUUUCAUGGAUCGUAACAAUACGGAUGCGUCUUGAAUAUAUGCUAUUGUUGCUCCAUGACUAUUUCCCCAAGACCUGAAUAUAUAACAUAUUGUCGCUGCUCAAGCAU